AUGGCAGCCAACGCAACCACCGAUAUCGACGAAAUCGCCAAGCGUAUAGCUUCCAUUACAAUCGGAAGCUCAUCGGUGGGAACAGGCUCCUAUUGGAACCCAGAAGGACGAACAGACAACCGCGUCUUUAACUCUCUGGCGGUCUUGCUCAAUAUGCCUACGCCCGAACUCUCGCGCAGGACUGGGGUAGCUCAGCCUCGAAAUGGGUCUGGGGGUAUGUCGAGGCAUGAAAUUUCGAAGCUACUGAGGAGAACGAGAGAGCUGGGAUUUGUUGCCACAUUUAGAAUAUCGAAUGUACCAUUCGACUAUAAAGGAUUGAGCAGUGGGGAAAUGUUCAAGCGGUGCAACCAAAUGGUUUUGUAUCUCCAUCCACCUGGUCCAGAUGGACACCGGUACGGCCAUUAUGUUGUUGGUGCUUCCGGUAUACCUAUCCGGGAUUUCCAGAGCUCUGCGGGUCGCGAGAGACGAGUGAUUGACGAGGAGGUGUACCCAAAUGGGAGACAAGGCCGCGGUUCUAGUAUUGUAAGUACUAUCGUGGUUCUAGAGCCAGGUCCACCAGGCUGGUCUCCCUAG